AUGGAGCCAUUCACGGUCAGAAAAGAGAAUACUGAUUUUGAAUUUAUCUAUUCUCUGCUGCAAGACAUAAAGGAAUCUAAUGAUGCUCUUUUUGACAAGAGGUUAAAGAACAAUGAGAUCGGCGAAGCAGAGCUUAUUGGACAAAGCAAGAAAAUGUGGGUGUUAGCUGACUUGGGAAUAUUGAUGUUAGUGUAUCGAGCGAAAGUCACUACCCGCAAUGAGCCACGUAAAACGCUGCUUUCUACACGAUUUUUCAUCAAAGAGAAGAAGUCGAAGCAUGCCGCAAUCAGUCCUGUGCGUAAGAAAAUUGAUCGAAAGCCUUUGAAGGCGGAACAGGAGAAUAUACCAGUAGGGAAUAAGAAAGAGUCGCAAUCACCGAAGCAACAGGAGGAAAAGCAAGGUAAUUUUUCGUCUUUCUCUUUUUCAGAAUCUUACGCCACUUUGUCAGCACGUUCUGAAAUGGCGCAUAUUCAUAUAUUUUUCGUGACCUAUCUAUAACA